AUGUCCGCAAGCAUGGCAUGGUUGGUGAUCUUGGCCGUUCUCUUCCCGGUUCAGACAGGCGCGUCGUGCCUGCCAGAGGCCAUUAACAUCAGCCAGCGGAAGUACUUGACGAAUGUCAACGGUGAGUCCUACCCCAUCGGCAUGUGGAUCGGUGACUGGGAUGCAUCCUUCCUCACAACCCACCUACUGAGGAUCAUCAUCGAGGAACGGAUGGGCUUCCACGCUGAGGCGACGGGUCCUGGUCCUGACACUUUGAGUGGCUUCUACGCGCUGCUUGGCUGUAAGGCGCCUAGCAACAGCAGCGACAGGGGAUGUGGUCAACCAGUCACCUACAACCACAUCAAUCUCGAGGCAUGGUCGGAAGGCUAUCAGAGUGAGUGGAAACUCAUCCAACGUCAAUAUGCCUCCAUGGCUCCUUUGGACGUGGGCAGCAUGGGUUACGAUGGCAGCGUUUCAUUUUACAUCCGGCAAACGGUGCGGAGCCACGCGUACCACGAGGAUGGCACUGUGCUGGACUUCUACCGAGGAUGGAACAUGUCGUGGAGCCAGCCGUCGAGGUACUUCGAUGACCUCGCUUCUAUAAACCGUAGCUUGAUCGUGCCUUGUGCACAAACUCGCUUCAUGGCGACAGAAGCAAACCGCAACUAUCUGCAAAUCACAGGUGACGAUGCGGGUGUCGAGAUGCUCCCUGAUGGCACGCUUGCUGCCAUUUGUCCAGACGACUACUUCUGGCUUUCUCCGACCUGCCGCGAAGACUCGACUCGGUGCGUGCCCUACGUUACUGGUGGCACGGGCUGGGGUCUGGAUGAUUUGAUGCAAAAGGUUACUAGCUAUGACAUGCCUGUCGCCGUCGGGGUUGCAAGAUCAUGGUCGACACUACCUCGACAGGUCAAUGUUUUCUUUUAUUGGUGGGUUCCAGAUACUACGUUCUUGGAUCUUGAUCCGGUCGAUAUCGUGUUUCCUCCAUAUGACUUCCGUGCCUACACCAAUGGUGACAAGCGCACUGUGGCUGCAUCGUCCGCAAUUGCCAAGAUCGUCAGCCAGGACUUGGUGACUUUAGCGCCCUCGGUGGAAGACCUCGUGCGCAACUUGCGAUUGGGCCUUAACGAUGUCAUGAACAUGCUGAAGGACAUGCAGGACACCGGGGACUCCUAUGCGACUGUGGCCUGUCGCUGGUUAGAGUCGAACCCUAGCUGGCAGGAUUGGCUGCCGGACCGCACAAAGUGCUCCCCUGGCUUCGGCCUCUACGACACGACGCAAGAUACCUUUAUUGGCACACGUGCAGACCCGACCUUCCUGGAGUGCCGUGCUUGUGUGUCCGGAAGAUAUUCAGCUCGCUUGCAUGACGCCACAGGCAUUACCCAUGUGUGCGAGUUCUGUGCACCUGGAAGCAGCCAAGCAUCGGGUGCAGCUUUGCAGUGCGAACUGUGCCAGCUUGGGAAGUCACAGAAUAACUCUGGCAGUCAAGAGUGUAAUCGCUGCAAAAUCGGUGAGUACCAGGAUGAGCCAGGUUCCAGCAACUGCAAGCCUUGCUCAGGUGGCACGACCCUAGGUUUGGGCUCCUUUACACUUCAGGACUGUGGCUGCCCGAGGGGCUUUAUUGAUGCUUCGGAUAGCACCGCGAACCUGAGCUGCAUGGAGUGCGGGGAAGGCUUGGACUGUCCGGCGCUCGCCACGCUCCAGGGACUUCGGUCCGGCAGCUCGAACCUUGGCCCACAGUUUGUGGCGAGCAUCCUUCCCGGAUUCUACAGCAGCAUGGCGGAGCCGCUGGACCUGUAUCGCUGCGUCGAGGCUGCUACAGGCACGCGCUGUCCGGGUGGCAUACCCGCAACUUGUACGGGACUACUGAACGACACGGCCUGCACCGAUUGCCCCAGCGGAAGGCACUGGGACAGGUCUGAGGGACAGUGCGAGGAGUGCACGCCCUGGCAGCAACUAGGCUGGAUCCUCGCAGUCGCAGUGAUGUUGGCUGGCCUGGUCACGGUCUACUACAUGAUGACUGCUCAAAAAACGGCCAAGGCCUCCGUGCUAUUUACAACGACAUGUGCAUUUAGCAUGACCAUCUCGUCGCUACAAUCCGUCGGCAUCAUUGGGACGAUGACCGUUCGAGUUCCCGAAGGUUUGAAAGACAUCUAUGCAUUUCUUCAGGUAUUUCUGCUGGACUUUGAUAACUUUGCUUUCAGCUGCGUCGCAGGUGGUUCGGCCCCGGCUCGCUACAUCGUGUCGGUCCUUGUCUUCCCGGGUGCUGUGUGCUGGCUCGUGAGCUGCCACUACACAUCGAAGCUCCUCCCUAAGAGGCUCCGCUGGGAAGGCAGCAAGACGAAAAGCACGAUUGGAGCCUUGCUACAGCUUGCGUUCAGCACGAUGAGUACCAUUUCCAUGGCACCGAUGAUGUGCUUCAGUCACCCGAAUGGCGUCUUCAGCCUCUUGAAGUACCCCAGCAUCACUUGCGGCACAGAGGAUCACGCCGUCAUGCUAAUCUGCGGCCUGUUGCUCCUCUUGGUGGGCGUCAUGGGCUUCCUGGCAGUCUGCACCUAUGCCGUGAUCGUGGUGCCGAGAUGGAGCAGGAAUGGGCAGCACGCCAAUGUGAAAGCCUUCAGAUUCCUCCUUUUCCGCUUUCGGCUGGAUUCCUGGUGGUUUGGAGUGCUGUUGCUGUUACGGGGUCCACUGAUGUCGCUCCCCAUCGCGCUGGCGACGGACUAUCCGCCUGUCCAAGUCAUGUCUGUCAUGCUCGUGUUUAUGGUCAUACUGAUCAUCCAGGCAAAUGCUUGGCCAUGGAAGGUGCCGCUUCUGAACGUGCUGGAUUGCUUCAUCGGCUUCUGCAUUACAAUGCUUGUGGCCUCGAACUCAUUGUACUUAGGCGCUCUCGAGGGUAGCAUGAAAGACUUCGCCGAUGGAGUGGGUUCCGUGAUCAUGGGCAUGAUGGGAGCAGCCGUAACCCUGCUCUUCGUGAUGACCGUCAGCGCGUUGACCUUCCCGGCGGCCCUUGGCGGGCAGCAGGAGCUCAUCGCCUUCAACCUCCAGAGGAAGAAGCUGGGUGCUAUCCUGGCUUUGGUGAACGUGCAGCUCUUCGCUUUGGGGGAUGGUGAGGAACUUGUCUUUGAUGUCAAAUGCAUCACCCAGUUUUUGUUUGGAGCGGUUGAGAAGCUGAUGUCGUUCGCCCAACUCUUCGUAUUAGAAGAUCCGCAGUUGAUCAUUGGCGAUCAGUCGCAGACAAAGCUUGGCCAGAACACGACAAGAACUGUGGAUCCAGGAAACGGCUGCAGCUCGUCGCCGCACAUGCAUGAGAUCUCCAACCCAACACUUGCCAGGUCAUGCGGCAAGGCCUCUGUUGAAGCAGGGUGCAGUUGGGGGCAGGUGUUGGUGACGGCAUGCCAUAGGACGCCGGCGCCCACCCUCCUCGCAGAAACUCUGCAGUUCAUGUCGGCAAAGCUUGCAGAAACGGAUCGGGCAGGACUGGUGAAGGCGUUGUCGGCGAUGGGCAUCUACGAUAACAAGUUGCUGCUGGCAUCGGUGUCUUUGCUGGGCACAGAGGUCGUCCCGUCCGAUGCCGACGAAUUUGCAAAGAGGCAUCCGAAAGGCAUGGACAGGGAUGCAUGUUUGUGGCAGAUCGACUCCUGCAGGUACUGCUUCCGGAUAGGCUCCAGUUCCUUUGCACCACCGACACCGUCCCAGAGCCCCCCUGCGAAGAACGCGCCGACCAGCAGAGCCACAGAGACGGCGGAGGCAAGCGAGGACCUACCUGGAACCAAUGCCCGAGCAGCCGAGGAGCCAGGUUUGGCCAACACGGACAUGCCCGGUGAAGGUUUGGGUUCAAGAUUGGGUCCUUCACUGUGCGAGAACACGCAGCAGGCGUACAUUUAG